CAUUCUCCGCCCUUUAAGGGGACAUUUCUCCUCUUUACACACAAGUAGAUACACGCACAGAGUGUGACUUGCUGAGCUCCCUUGUCAAGACUGGUCAUACCACUCCUCGUUAAAUAUGCCAAACUUUAAAAUCACCCACAUCUGCUAUUGAACCAGAACCCAGGACUCUUCCAGUUCAGGUGCUGCCAGCAUGAUAAGGCUAAGGGAUUCGCUCCUGAGACCCUUCCAGGCCCCCGUGGAUGUCCUUGCUAGUGAGGAGGGCCGUGUCUACCUGUUUGGCCUCCCCCCUCCCCCUCCCCUCCCCUCCCCCUGAGGGAACCAGUCCUCGGAGGAUGAGUUUAAUGUGAUGGAGCUGAGACCCAGAGGCCGGGAGCAGGCGAGGCUCAAUCGAGAGAAAGUGGGGGACGUGCUGCUAUUAGAGAGGGACAUCUUGGAGGGAGACAACCUCAACAAGUUAGCUCUGCAAUAUGGCUGCAAAGUUGCAGACAUUAAGCGUGUGAACAACCUAAUACGGGAGCAGGACUUUUAUGCCUUGAAAGUCGUCAAGAUCCCAGUGAAGAAACACAGUGUUUUAACAGAGACCAGCAAUGAUCUGAAGGAGCCUCAAGCCUCUUCCUCCCAGUGUCUCAACCUGCUUGCAGAGCCCUCCCUGUAUGAGGACGCAGCUGUGGCUGGCCGCUGUGGGACAGAUAUUAAAGAAUGCACUGACUUUCUCAAAGAAAUAGACCAUGAUAUUGAGAGGCUGAUCCAGUCCACUGAUGAUCUGGAAGAGGUGUCUUGUUUGGAGCCGCAUGGCAGGCCUCCCCAUGGUACAGGAAACCCUAAUCCCUCUCCUCACGGGUCAGACUGGGGGAUCCAGUGGUGGAACGCAGUUGCGCUCAUGCUUUUAAUUGGUAUUAUUCUGCCAGUAUUUUACGUGGUUUAUUUUAAAACGCAGGACAGCGAGUCUGCCUUCCUGGACCCUGCCACCUCUCUCUGUGUUUCCAGUCCUACCUCAAACUGCUUGGAGAUUAAUGUGACUGCUUUGAUUCCUGGGAAGAGUUAAGCCAUUCAAAAAAACUCCUUCAUCUCCUUUUUCAAGUGGAAUAAAAGAAACGCCAAAUGAACGGUCAGACACAUUAGGAUAAAAUGAUGCUUGGGAAGGGGCAUGGAUACCCUCUUAAUGUACUUGGAGGGCAUUACAUUACAGUAUUGGGCUCCAGGGAAAAUGUCCCGUGUGCAUGCCCUGUAAUGCCAUACAUUGUGAAAGCUUCUGAGACUCUGUGGGUAUAGUAAUAGAGACUAGAGAUAUCUACAGGUUUCAUAUGGGCUGGCUUGACAUGCACACAUUUUAGAAUGCCCUAAAUCUACCACACAUUUGUGCCAAUUUCAGGAACCAGGAAGUGCCACACUUAGGAUCCCAACCAUUAAAUUGGUGAGGUUUGUAUCAGCUUCCACAGAACACUGUACACACAGAGCAUUCGGUACAGUAAUAAUUGUGAGUGUAUUAUCUCACUAACUCGUCUCUUAUAAAACCAGUAUUGCACAGUUUUAUGCCACACUGCUUGUGAAACAUACAGCAGGGCACUCCUUUGCAAGGAUGUGUUCUGUUGCACCGACAAGUCACAGAUGUCAAACAAAUGACAAAUCCAGGCUUUUUGUAUUGAGGGUUACUACAGGUACACAGAAGUUUGAAGUCUUCUUUACAGCAGUUAAAGUAUUCUUUAAAAUACUGCUUGAAAACAUAAUUACUGGUUUAGUGAAAAGUUUUGAAACCAGAUAUAAUCAAGGUGUUUUAGAAAAUAAACUUGUUCUUCUAUUUACACUUUUUAAAAAAAGGUUUGUCUAAUUGCGUUUAUAACGAUCGCUACUACAGCUCUGGCCAAAGGUUUUGCAUCACCCUAUUAAAAUGAGCUAAUUUUGCUUCAUAAAGUCAAAUGAA